AUGCGCUACCUUAGUCACGGACUGGAGAAGCUGGAGAAGAAGUCGACGUCUCUCGAGAGCUGGAAGGAGGCCGCCCAGACGUUUCUGAAGGAGUCUUCAACGCAGUUCUACUGGACCUGCUCUGGAAAGCCUUGGUAUCCUGAAGCCGAGGAUAAGAUCAAGCCGGUGCUCGAGAUGGUCGCGUGGGAGCUGAUCCAGGACUGCCCUGGUGCUGGGCCUGGAUCCAAGGAGGUGCUGCAGAACAUGAUCGAGGAGGAGUUUAUCCGGUAUGCUGAGCAGCGGAACUUCCAGGACACAGUGCACAAUGCUGUGGCCGAAUCCUUCAACGAGCUAGAGGACGAUGUGCGGAAGAAGGUGAUCACCUCGCUGCAGAAGAUGCAUCCAGGCGCCUGCGAGGCUGUGAAAGCAGCAACGGGCCACCGACUAAAGAAGAUCGAGGCCUUUGUCCGACAGUGGAUGAAGGACAGCAUGGACAGGUCCUACAAUGCGGUGAAGCAGCAGCAGAAGGACAUCGUCUUCUCUGAGAAGAGGAUGACCCUGCUGUUCAAAUGCUUGAUUUCUCCGGAAGGCUCGGAGUUCUCCUGCCUGCCGAGAGAUCUCCUGCACCCGGAUGGAACUGGAAGGCCGCCGCGGAACUGGAAGUUCAUCCGUGAGGCCGUUAUAGAACUCGUUACGAGGUGGCAGCAAAACGCCAAGAAGUGA